CUGCCCUCACGCCGUCGAUCCGGGGUUGUUCCCCCUCCCUUUCUCUGCGCUACUUAUUUAUUGCUGCCUUUGUUCCUGGCCAAUUUCCUGGGUCUGCUCUGACUUGGAUGGAUUUUGUUAGCUAGAGUGAGCUGAGGUACAAUGUCGCGCGCUACGGAUUCCGGCGCAACGGCCGAGGCUCCCUCGUUGCCCUGGAGGGCCUUGUCCUCUACGACGAUUUUCGGGGUAGCGGCGUUAUGCCGUUCGUUUCUUUACGUCUGCAGUAGGCCGGAGGUCCAUGGACUGGAUUCGUUCCUUGAGCUUCUUGACUCGAGAGCCGAUCCGUCGCAAAGAACGAGAGGCUUGCUGACAGUUUCCAAUCAUACCAGCGUGAUGGAUGAUCCGAUCAUGUGGGGAUUUCUUCCGAUGCGAUAUAACUUCGGGCUUGCGUCUUGGAACAAACGAUGGGGAUUUGGGAGUCAUGACAUUUGCUAUCAAACGAGACCCCUGGCUCUUUUCUUCACAAUGGGCCAAGUCCUCCCUACUCACCGACUGGCUCACUCGCCGCACGGUGGCCUCGCGCAACCCGUCGUGACCCAGGCAAUCCGAUUGCUGUCGAAAGGACCAUUCCCCGCCGACCCUCAUAUGGCCGUCCCGGAACGUCAAUCGUGGAGCCUACAAAACGUCUGCGUCGAUCCGUUCUCCGACCUACCUACAGCCUAUACGACUGAUGGCCAUGACUCUCAUUUGUCGCCGUCCUCCUACGCCUGCAACUCCUAUUCCUGGUUCCACAUCUUCCCCGAAGGAAAGAUCCACCAGGCACCGAACAAGACCAUGCGCUACUUCAAAUGGGGCGUUGCACGACUCAUUUUAGAGGCUAGCGAAUGUCCUGACGUUGUGCCCAUAUGGCUGGAGGGUUUUGACCAGGUCAUGCACGAAAGUCGCGAAUUUCCGCGAUUCCUCCCUCGUGUAGGAAAAGACGUCAGCGUCACCUUUGGGCAGAAGGUGGAUAGAGAGGCGGUCUUCGGGGCGUACAGAAAACGUUGGCAGGAGAUCAAAGCCAAAGCCGAACGCACAUCCCCCGGCACUCGUGAUCUCCCGAUUGGAGUCUUGAACGACGAGCUCUUGUAUAACACAGAAGCAGUUGAGCUGCGCAAGGAGGUUACCAAGAAGGUCAGAGACCUCGUCCUUGAAGUAAGAAGGACUAGAGGUUUGUCAGAUGAAGACCCGAAGGAAGGUCUUGUGGAGACGUGGAUCCAGGAGGGUCCCAAGCGGGAGGGCAAGAUGGAUGAUGAAUCAUGGACUCGGCGCAAUGUAAACCAGCACAUUGAAGUUCCGCCGAUCGGCUCAGCUCGCGAUUCCCACCUCUGCCACCACCUCUCCUUGAUUCAACUCACCCUCUUCCCUAUGCCCAAAAAGCACAAGAAACACGCCUUUGCGAAGCCAGCCAGCACUGCUCACCAUACCCUCGUUUCGUCAGGCCCUCGAAACGAUCACAAUGGCCAUCUUCGAUCAUCCCACGCCUCAUCCUCUUCCGCGGAGCAGCCCUCUGUCAACCAGCUGAUCGACCACCUUCGGCGCACCCAGGUCUCAAAGUCCUCUGAAAAUGGACCAGAGACACCCUUUACAUUUGUCACACCUCGAUCGGUCCACCCAUCAUUACGGAACCUCCUCGAAUUGCCAGACACACCGGCUCCCCGCCCCCGUCCGGGCGCGCGCCGCCUCGGGGUAGGCUCACGACGCCUGAGACGGACUGCAGGACCACCACCGCCCGAGAGCUGGCUUCAGGGCAGUACCAACCCCGAUGGUGCCGACGAAUAUGAUGCCGAGCUCGCUGCUGCGGAUAAAGAGAGAGUCAUCUACCGAUUGGAGCGAUUACCAGGCACAACUCUUCCGCAGAGGGGUAGCCUGAUGGAUACUGUGCUGAGAUCGAUGGCCACAUACUGGGAGUGGCAUCUCGAGUACGACGGACCAUUUCUGACGGAUCUUCCGAAUCAUGUCAAAGUACGCCUCCUCAGCUACAUCGGGCUAUAUGCAAAGGAUCGACCAUUGGGCGGGCUGAUGCGGGGCUUGCGACCUCUCUUCGAGAAACCCGGCGCCACAGACGAACAUGAGAUACGGCACGAAAGCGACUUCGAGAUCACCCGCCUAGAUCUGAGCAGCUCCAUCGGUCGAUGGCUGAGCAUAAAACAACUCUCCGCCGAGCUUUUGGCCACUGAGAAGCCGAACCCCGUCCAGCGCAAGCAUAAAGAGCCUGUGCCAUCCUCCUGGGAGGGCGCAUACGACGAAGAGAUAGACUCCACGGCAGGAGGGUCUACCCUCCCCAGUACACCUUCACAAACCCUGCGCUUCGAAAAUCUCCGCUUCCUCUCCCUCGCACAUCCCAAACCCGGAUCCGUCAACUGGAACUCCCUCAUCAAUCUUCUCUCGCGCCUCUCAACCAUCACCCACCUCUCUCUAGCCCACUGGCCCAUCCCCACCGUCACCCCCAACGCAAUCAACGCGCGAAUCCGCCAUCCAAACCACCGCUCCCUAACCUUCUCCUACGGUGGCACAGAUUCCUAUACCGCCAGCGAAAACAACUGGGCCGAAGCAGCCAGCCUUCUCCGACGCCUUUCCCGCGUAACCUACUGUCUCAAAUGGCUUGACCUCGAAGGCUGCGGCGACUGGGUCCCAGCUCUCAAAUGGGAAGACACCGGCCCCGCUGGGGAAACCUACCUCUCGGGUCCAGAAUGGAACGGCUCCUGGCGAGACAUCGAAUGGAUCCGUCUCGGACCAGGCUGGCUCCCCCACAUCGACGAUAGCGAAAUAAUACCACCCCCGGGACCCAGCAGCGACUCGCACCCCAGCGGCUCAUCCUCAUCCUCUUUAUCCUCGCCCACCCGAGCACUAGCAUUCUCCAUCCAUGCCCCGCACCCAUCUCUAUCUGCCAUUACCACUCUACGUCCCGGAAUUGGGAGCUCAUCCGAGCAAGAACCCUCCGAUCUACCAUGGGACGUCGAAACCGAACGCAUAAAAUACCGACGAGCCAAGGAGAUUGAACGGUUCCGGGAGACCGUCCAGUCCGCGAAAGAAGUCCAGCAAUGGGUUCUUCGAACAAGGAAAGAAGGGAAAGGAAAAUGGAUCCAGUUUUCUUUUGGUUUAGAUGGGAUUGAUGAGGUUGGGUUGAAAAAGUUAUUUGGGAAGGAGUGGUUAGGCUUCUUGCCUUAGGGCUGAAGUAGUAGUGUAAUCAUUAUGUGUGUUGAAGGUAGGUAUCUAGGUUGUAUAGACUAGAUGGUGUGCUGUUGAUACUCUUAAGGGGGGGGGAAUAUAUUCGGAUGGGGUGUUGGCAUUGAGGCUAGAGAAAAUGUAGAUAGUAGGUUGGGCUUAGGAAUAGGUAAUAGAAAUGAACAGUCUCCAGAAAGAAAUACUUGACUAUG